AUGGAUUUCGACCUGGCGGCAGCCCUGGACUCCAAGAAAUCUGAUGGGGCAGGCCAUGGGGGAGAACCCAAACACAGUCUCCCCAAAGCAGCAGGAGCAGCUUCUAAUCCCAAGCAUGCCCACAGCAGCACCUCUGACUCCAGCACCAGCAGCUCCAGCGACUCCGACGUGGAAGGGAAGGCCCACGCGGCUGGGUCAGAGCAGCAGGAAAGGGCCAGGGGCAAAGUCAAGAAGCCCAAGGUGAAGAAGGCGGAGAAGGAGAAGAAGGCGGACAAGGAGAAGAAGGCAGAGAAGGAGAAGAAGGCGGAGAAGAAGAAGAAGGCGGCCCCUCACUGA